AUGGCCCCGGUGAAUGAAGCUUCUGACUUUCACUGCUACAAUCAGGUCAACAUUUCCACCGGUGUCGUCAACGCCACGGUGGACAACACGAUCUACACGGAUAGUAAGUUGGCGGUGUAUCAGGUGAACCAGGUGCUUCUUCCUCUGAGCCUCUUCGGCUCCCCGGCUCCGGCGCCAGCGCCGGCUACGGCACCCGAAGCUCCGAAGAAGAAGAAGGCGAAGGUAGCGGCGGCGAGUCCCAGCGCGGACCUGGAGCCUUCUGGGGCGGCUAGUGUCUUCCCGCGGGGAGUUGUGGCGGUCGGGGUGGCUGCGAUUGUGGGGGCGUUUGCUUUGUGA